AUGAACUCAGAUCAACAAGACCACAUCGCUCAAUUCAGUGGAAUCACAGGAGCAUCGCCAGAGAUCGCACAAACAGCGCUCACUGCAGCCAACUGGGAUAUCGAACAAGCCGUCACUCUCUACUUCGCCUCUCAAGACGCUCCUGCCGAAGACAGCGACGACUCUCUACAAGAAUCCGCCGCUCCAUCCCUGCCUUCAGCGACCACUGCUGCAAACCAAUCCUCUUCAUCAACCAACCGCACUCCACCCUCAAACCGUUCCAACAUGGUGCGCACCUUUCGUGAUCUUCAGAACGAUGAAGACCGUGGCGACGAUGACCACAGCGACCAAGAUCCUCAGCAGGACUUUUUCGCUGGAGGCGAGAAGUCCGGUCUAGCUGUCCAGGACCCCAACAGACGCCCUCAAGAUCACUUCAACAACAUCAUGAACCAAGCCAGACAGAACCGCGAUCGUCCCUCUGACGACGAUGAAGACCAAGCACCCGCCCAGCCCAGCGCCUUCCAGGGCCGCGCUCAAACUCUUGGAGGCGACGAUGCUCCUUCACGUGUCAUUGAAGACCCCAAUGCUUCUGUCGCGCCUAGGGGAUCCUCACUACCUCGUGUGAGCCGCACUCUCCAUCUCUGGCAGGAUGGUUUCAGCAUCGACGACGGCGAGUUGCACCGCUUUGACGACCCUCAGAAUGCUCCUGUCCUCGCCCUCAUCAACCAAGGCCGCGCCCCACUUGCUCUGCUUGGUGUUCAGCCAGGCCAGGAGGUCGAUCUUCAACUCGAUCCGCACAAGGACGAGAAGUACGUUCAGCCCAAGAAAAAGUACAAGCCCUUCAGUGGCUCUGGCCAGCGUCUCGGAUCUCCUACUCCUGGUCCAUCUGGCUCCACAACUGCACCUGCCGCAGCAGCUUCAUCCGCCACAACUUCAGCACCUGCAUCGUCAGCACCAAAGGUCGAAGUUGACGAGGCACAGCCUGCCGUGCAGCUUCAGAUCCGUCUUGGUGACGGUACACGUCUAGUAUCACGCUUCAACAUCACCCAUACAGUCGGCGACAUCUACAACUUCGUCACGGCCAGCAGUACCGCCAGCCAGAGCAGAGCUUUCACCCUCAUGACCACCUUCCCCAACAAGAACCUCGAAGACAGGAGCGCCAAGCUCGAGGACCUGCCCGAACUCAAGCGCGGCGGUGUUGUCGUUCAAAAGUGGAAUUAG